CCUAACGCCUUGUCUCCCGGGGGCUGUAAGGGGUUGGAGCGAGACUUUCUGUGCUCCUCAAAAUCUGAGUCAUACCUAUAUCAAAGACAAAUUUUACCGUGACAUCAUAUGGCGAACGUCUGGAAAAAGGGAUUUGAAAACCACUUGAUGACAUGCAUUUGGCUUCGUUUGAAAUACUGGCACAAAAACGACGUUCACAAUCAUGGGCUGUAAAGGAGUCUACGGGGAGAAAAGAUGUGGCCAUUUUCUUGAGCUGGUAGUAUUUUUCCAGCUCGCCUUGUUGUUGGCGCUCUGCGUUAGUUUUGUGACAGUCACUGUGAACUUGAACGCCGAAAUUGAGGAGCUGAGGACGGUUGUGAAGGAGAGAAACUCUGAGAAGCAACCUGGGGACGAGAGCUGGAUAUCGUCUCCACUGCUAGCUGCUGUCGUCCAAAAUGCCAUUGCGCAAGCAUUGGGGAAUAUUACAACUGACAAAGAGCGAGACAGAAAACAGACAGGCCGUUUCACCCCUUACGGCCCCCUGUACACGUUAGACAAUGACGGGGAGGGAGACGGGAAGCUAGGCGGGAAGAGAGGUGGGAAGGCCCAAGGCUACCUGGCCAAGCCCAUGGCUCACCUCACGGGGUCCAUCAUGUCGGAUCCGGAAAUGGACCUAGACAGGGUACUUCGCCCGAAGAACUCCAUGGUGCGAGUGAAAGGCUGGGAGUGGGACCAGGGCCUGGCGACCCUCGCUAACGGUAUGAAGUACGGCGGUGGGUACAUUCAGGUGCCUAUGGAUGGACUGUACUACGUAUACAGCCAGCUGUACUUCAGGUACAUGAAAGAUGAUGAUAAGACAAGGAAACACGUUCAGAUGCUUCACUACACCUUCAAGAGAAGCGACACCUACCGGGUGGCACAGGAACUGAUGAAAAGUGCCCGCACAAAGUGUUGGAGUAAACACACAGACUACGAGCUGUUGUCCUCGUACCAAGGCGGCGUGUUCCGGCUCAGACAGGGAGACAAGCUGUACGUGGCUGUCAGUAACGUCGACUUUGUCAGCUUUGAGGAGACCGCAAGCUACUUCGGGGCCUUUCUCAUCUAAAAACUGUAACAUUGACAGAGCUUUGUGUCAAAUAUCAGAUAUAUAUAUGUAUCAGUUUGGGUCAAUCGCUCUUUCCAAAUAAAGGUGAUGAUUUUAUUGCAGAGCACAGUGAGCACAAAGAAAUGAACGAACAAAGGAACAUACCUUUAUCCUGUCGGUUCAUUGAUGCUCUGGGGAAAAAAGUUUCAAAGAAAAUUUAAGGCUAAUACCCAUAUUUUUAUGUUUACCAUCAGAAAAGAGAAACGAAUUGUCUUUUGUCCGUUUUUCCUUCCUCUUCCGUAUCCUCCGUUCCAAACAAAUAAGGCCAAUGACCUGGAACAGAUCGCUCUUACCAUGGUAACUGGUAAAGGAGCAGACACGCUUUGGUGUUCAUUAUGUAGCAAGUGGCACGACAGAGCUGGAGGGGCUGGUCACCAUGUAUAUGAAUGUGCUUGAGGAAGAAUAAACAGAGCAGUAGUUUGCUAAGCUAGACCAUUUGAAGGUGAAAAAGAAGUAUUUCCGCGUAAAUGAUACCUUUCUAGUGGACAAAUUAUGCUAAACUCCUUGUGCACAAGCUAGACAACAUAUAUUUGAUAUGGCUUGUAUGUAUAGCAUAUUCUGCUUGAAAAUAUUCUCACUAACAUUUCUUUUGCAAUGCCGAUUGUAUGUGAUAAUCACAGAAAUUGUCCCUUCGUAAAAUCUUAGAAGGAUGAAAGUAAAGAUGUUGAACAUCAGAAGGAGUCUAAGACAUGUGUUAGUGUCUCAGGAAAGAUGGUAACAACCGAGCUUGGUUUUAUGGAUAUUCAAAAUGUAAAAUGUUGGACGUCUGAGAUUUUACUAAAUGUAUAUAGUACUUAACAUUUGUGAUCCGAAAUUGUUGUACACUAGAUCUCGCAAUUGGCCAUGGCAAUUCUAUUUGGAUUGUUUGAAAAUCGUUUAUUUCAUUCUAUAAUAGAAUAGCAUGCAAAAUUAGUAUAAUUGACGUUGGGAGCAUAAUUGUAAUGCACAUUUUUUACUUGAUUACUUAGAUUUAGAAAUAUUGCACAAGAACUCACGAAAAAUGUGUUUUACAUAUCAUAGUGCCGCGUUUAUAGGUGUAGUACAGAAAGUUUGUCAGUGGUUGUAAGAUUAACGUUGUAUCUGUAACUUACUUGGUCAUGUCGGUAUGUACACGUACUGGUAUAUAACGUAGCUCUUUAUGCGUCCUAUCAAUUCUUUUUUAACUCUUUGUAUAUCAAUAUUGUAUUUUUGGUGUCACAAGUUUAGGGAAUCAGAGAUAUGCUAUUUUUAGAAUUUUGGAUUUUUAUACUUUUGUACCAGAUUUGGUAACUUUAUGUAUACCACAACUAUAUUCUAUAUGUGAAAAAUAUAUUAAUAAAGAAAA